AUGGCAUGUUCCUGUUGUACGGAGGAUAUAAAGGUAUUUUGGUUGAAGAAUUGGGGUAAGUAUUCGUGGUUUGAUUGCCAUAAAAGAUUCCUCGACAUGGAUCAUCAUUUUCAGUUCAAUAAGGACUCCUUCAAAGAGAUUAAAACUAAACGAGAAAAGGCAUAUGUGAGAUUGAGUGGUAGGCAAAUUUUGCACCGUGUCAGUAGAAUUCCAAAGAUCGUUGAUAAUGGGGCAAGUUUAUGCAAGUCUAGUUGGGUGGUUGUGGUUAAAACUAAACUAAGAGGGUGCAUCGAGUCUGAUGAUAAGAUAGAUGGUCAAGAACCUUACCAGAUUGACGACCCAACUCCUUCGAAAAUGGUAGUUGAUACCGAUGAGCCGAUCACCCUUAGGUCGACUGUUAUAAAUGAUGGCAUCAUUGACCGUGGAAUAGAUGCCGAUACAUUUCUACCAGAAGACGAUGAUCUUCAAGAAGAAGACGAGGUCGAUGGCGACAAAGAAGAAGAAGACGAGUUUGAUGAUCAUGAAACUAUCUUGGAAGGGGAGGAUGGUGAAUCAGAGGAAGAGGAUGAUGAAUCUGAAUAG